AUGAAGCUUUCCACCAAGAGCAGAUUGGAUUCGCUAGUUUCAACCACAGCAUUGUCAUUUACCGUCGCCGUUCUAGUCUGUCUAUCUCUUGUCUUUGUCGGAUGUUCGUCGUCUUCCUCGCCGAAGGGUCUACAUUUUCUAAAAGUAGACCUGAAAGAAUUUCCAAAGCUGCGUGAUUUGCAAAUUCGGGACCCAUUCAAUAUUGAUACUGCGCGUAUCGAGAGCCGGGGAAGAAAUGCCGUCGAAGGCGUGGCAUCUAGCAUCCAUACCAGCGCAAAUGAAGCAAUCCACGAGGCAACGUCAGCUGCCAGUAGCAUGGUCGAAGCCCAGGUACACGAAUUCAAGUCACAUCUGCCUCAAUACUAUUUGGUUGGCCUCUGGAGCUACUGUAAAGCCAAGGAUGGCUCGGAGAUGGUUUGUUCCGACCCCAGCACCUCUUUUACUUUUGAUCUAUCCGCCGUGCUUGAUUCCACACCCAUAAAUCUCAGCAACAUACUUCCAGAUAUUGACCUAAGCUUGGUUUCCGGCUACCGACGGUUUUCCCAGAGUGUGAUCUGUUUGUAUAUUGCUGGGUUUGUGGUAACCACAUUAUCCGAAGUUUUGGCUUGUCGCAAAGUUUUCUUUUCAAAAGGCAGCAGACCACUUGCCAUAUUUUGCACGCUUUCCUCGAUGCUGGUUACGACUGCCACAAUUGUGGUCACGGUGAUGUAUGGGGUUUUUGCUUCCAAGGUCAAGAACACGCUGCAGCCUUACGGCGUUGAAGUUACCCUUGGAGCUAAGAUGUUUACCACAGCAUGGUUGGCAGCGUUCUUUUCUAUUGGUGGUUCAACCAUAUGGUUGGUCCAUCUUUUCUGCUGUUGCAUCUAA